AUGUCCGACGCCGAUAGCUUCGAGGUCGUCCAGCACGACGAUGCGCCCAAGGCCGCGCCCCGCUCCCCGAGCACCAAGUCGACCGCCUCGGCCGCUUCCUCCCUGAAGAAGCCUGCCUCGAGCUCGGGAACGACGGCCACCGCUCGUCGUCCUGCUGCGUCUGCGUCGAGCACCGCGAAGCCCGCCGGCACUUCCUCGACCACCCGCGUGGCAGGCGGCCUGAGCAAGCCUCCCACCCGUCCUCCCGGUAGCAGCACGAGCACGACGAGCAGCGCCACCCGCAAGGUCCCCAGCAGCACGUCGUCCACCGCCACUCACCGCUCGCGGCCCAGCGUGUCUGCCUCUGAGGACGAGACCAAGAGGACGGUCCGCCGCACCUCGGCCGUCCCCAGCAGCGCCGGCUCGCCGAGCAAGGAGAAGAGGACGUCGACCACGACCACCGGCGCCGCCACUGCUGCCGCCAGAAAACCCGCCAGCUCCGUGAGCAGCUCGUCCGCCCCGAGGACCUCGACGGCUUCGCGACAGUCCAUCAGCUCCGCCCCGCGCCCCUCUUCGACGACCUCCCGAUCGGCCGCCACCGGCACCGGCGCCGUCGCCGAGGCCAAGAAGCGCCUCUCGACCGCUGCCGGCACGACCUCUGCCACGCGAACGUCGCGACCGUCGAUCCGACCCGACUCGUCCGGCGCGUCCGAGGCUUUGACCAAGGAGAUUGAGCAGCUCAAGGCGCAGCUCACCGACAAGGAGUCGCAGCUGGCCGAAAAGGAGACCCAGCUCACCGAGCUCAAGGCGCAGGUAGAGCAGUCGCAGUCGCGGAUGGCCCAGAUGGGCGAGGCCACGUCCCAGGAGGCCGCCCAGGUGCAGAGUGCCGUGAAUGACAUUCAAAAGGCCCACCAGGACCAGGUGGCGGAGUUGCAAGCUAAGCAGGCCGAGCUCGAGACCCAGGUUGAUGACGCCAACGAACAUCUUGUCGCCACGGAUGCUGACUUGGAGAAACAGCAAAGCGAGUACAAGGAGGCGAUUGCCGCCAAGGAAGCCGCCGAGACUGAGCUCGCCUCGCUGAAGCAGUCCCUCGAGACUCUCCAGGCCGAGCACGAGGAGAAGCUGAAGCAGAGCGAGUCCGACCUCAACAAGGCCAUGGAGGAGCACGCCAGCAAGCUCGAGGAGCUGCAGAGCUCCCUGACCGACCAGCACAAGGCCGCCAUCGAGGCCCUCGAAGCCAAGCACGCCGAGCAGCUCGACCAGGGCAAGUCUGACUUCGCCGGCCACGAGGAGGCCCUCGCCAACAUGAAGUCGAGCCACGAGAGCGCCAUCGCCGAGCUGCAGAAGAAGAUUGACGACCUCACGUCUUCCCAGAACGACCUCGAGGUCGCACACGAGACCAAGGUCAGCGCCGAGCUCGAGGCCCACAAGACGAAGCUCGCCGCCGUCGAGGCCGAGGUUGCCGAGCUCAAGAGCAAGCUCGAGGCUGCCGAGCAGACCGCUGAGCAGGCCAAGGCCGACCUGGAUGCCAAGAUUGCCGAGCUGGCCGCCGCGCAGGCCCUCGUUGCCGAGGUCGAGUCCAAGCUUGCCGUCGCCCAGGCCGACCUCGCGACGGCCCAGGAGGAGGCUCUCGAGUUCAAGAAGCAGAUUGACAGCAUCAAGGAGGAGAUUGCCGCCAAGGACGAGGCCCUCGAGCAGGCCAAGGCGGAGCACGCUGCCCACGUCCAGAAGCACGACGAGGCGCUCAAGCAGGUCUCUGCCGACUACGAGGAGGAGAUUGAGUCGCUCAAGGGCGACGCCUUCUUCAAGCGCAAGUUCCUGGAUCUCGAGACCAAGCACAACGAGCUCGAGGCUCAGCACACUGAGCUGACCACAAAGCACGGCGACCUCGAGUCGAAGCACACCGAGCUCACCACUCAACACGGCGACCUCACCAAGGCCCAGGCCGACAGCAGCGAGAGCCACACCCAGGCCCUCGAGGCGGCCAAGGCCGAGCUCGCCGCCGCCGUUGCCGCUCUGGAGGCGCGGGAGGCCGAGCACCAAAAGGCCCUGGACGCCCUCCGCGCCAGCCACGCCGAGGAGCUCGAGGGCGCCAAGAGCGGCGCUUCCGCUGACAAGGACGCGCAGCUCGCCGAGCUCCAGAGCCUCAAGGACAGCCACGCGAAGCAGCUCGAGAUUCUCAAGAGCGACAGCGAGUCCAGCCUGGCCAAGGAGAUUGAGGCGCUCAAGGCGUCGCACGCUGACAUUGUCGAGGCGCUCAAGGCCGAGACCACCGGCGAGAAGGAGAAGCUGCUGGCCGAGAUUGCCAGCGAGAAGGAGAAGGCCCUUGCCCUGACGGAGAGCGCUGGUGACAAGGAGAAGCUGAUUGCUGCGCACAAGGAAGAGCUCGCGUCCACCACCGAGAAGCUGCGCGCCGCCCACGAGGCCGAGCUUGCCGAGGCCCGCGAGAAGAUCAUCGCCGCCCACCAGGCCGAACUCGCCGACGCCAGGGAGAAGCUGCUCGCCGCUCACCAGGCCGAGCUGGCCUCUGCCAAGCAGGCCGGCAGCGCGCAGUCCGAGGAGCUGUCUACGCUGAAGCUCCAGCUUGAGGAGGCUCUGACGAGAAUCAGGGAGACCGAGACGUCGAGCGCCGCCGCCCUCGCCGAGGCCAAGCGAAAUCUCGACGACACGCACUCCGCCGAGGUCGAGAAGCUGAUCACGAUGCACGCCGAGCAGCUCGACGCGCUGAAGCAGCAGUCCGCCUCUGGCGCGCAGAUGGAGCUUGAGGAGCUGAAGCAGGCCCACGCCAAGGUUGUUGCUGAGCUGACGAACCAGUACGAGAACAAGAGCGAGGCUCUCGCCGAGGAGAUUGCCAAGCAGAAGGCGCAGGCGUCCGAGCUCGAGGCUGCCCUCAAGGCGGCCAAGGAGUCCGUCGCCAAGGCCGAGGCUGAGAAGGCCCAGGUCGAGCAAGAGAACGGUGAGCUCGGUCAGAUGUUUGCGCAAGAGAAGAUGGCUCGCGCUGAGGCCGAGGCAGCCCUGGACGCGGUCAAGAACAAGUCGCCGACGCCCCCGGACACCACCGAGCGGGACCAGCUCCGCGAGCAGCUCGCCAACGUCAAGAAGGGUCUCGAGGACGAGCUCCACGUCGUCCAGACCAGCCUGGCCGCGGCCAAGCAGGAGGUCGCGGACGUCAAGGAGGACCUCAUCCUCGCCGAGAAGGAGCUCGAAGCCUCCAAGCUCGAGGCCGACAAGCAGCUUAAGACGUACAAGGCGGACUACGAGGAGCUCAACGAUACGAUGACUAAGAUUGUGGAGGAGGAGCAGGCUAAGCGCCGGAACCUGGAGGAGCAGAUUGACGGCCUGAAGAAGACGCUGACGGACAAGGAGAAGGGCGUCGAGGAGCUGCAGGCGCAGCUCAAGGUGAAGGACGCCGAGAUUGCGGAGGCCAAGGCCAACGCGGCCGUGGCGAAGCCCAAGGGACUCGCGGCCAGCAGGUACGCCGACGGCGACGACGAGGCGAACGGCGCGAACCAGCCCGAAGGUGAGGAAGAAGACCAUUCCUCCGAGGCACUUGCUGUGUUGCAACGAGCUAGAGUCAACGCCAACCAGAUCCACGCAAUGGACCGCGACAUGCAGGAGAAGAACCUGGCCAUGCUCGAGUCCAUCACGGACUUCCAGCAGUCGCCGCGGGCCGACAACUGA